AUGCCUAAUCAUAUAGAUUCUCGGACAACUUCAUCAACUUCAUUUAUAACUCGAAAUGUUUCUACUUCUCAGCAACAACAAACAGAAGAAUCAUUAAUAGACGAAAAACCCAGUGAUAUAUAUUUUACUAAUAAUGUUGUUGUUGAUUACUUGAGUAUACCAAAGUCAUCGAAUACAACAGAUGAUAAUAAUAAACGGCAUUCAUCCUUUCCUACAUCGCCAAGUGCAAAUGCUUCAUCAAGUACGACUAAUGCUAGUACGACAACAGCUUCGACAAAUGGCUUAAACUUAAAAUCGAUUAGACUUUCUCCUACGGAUUUAAAUGCUAAUACUAUACCCAAGUCAAGCACAAUUCGUUAUGAAAAACAAAUAAAUAAAAACAAUAAGCUUCAUCGACGAGAAAAAUUAAAACAUGCAACAAAUGAAUAUGAGGAACGUAUUGAAGAGUAUUUUCAACAAUUAACUAUUGGCUGUCAAAGGAAAGAUUGUAGAAACAAGUUUUGUGCUUCUGGGGGUAUAAUGAGUUUACAACCUCAAGCAGCCUUGGUUAUGGCAAUUCAGUUAGCAUCUAUGCCAGGAUCUUCUCGACUUUGUUUAGAUAAACAUUAUAUUAAAAAAGAAAUACUAACUGUCGAUCAUCAUUCUGAUAAAAUACAGGAUCAGAGCAUGAAUAAACAUCAAUUUCAAGAAGAAGAAAAAGAUAAUAGCAGUAACUAUAUCUCUGUUCAAUCAAAUUCAAAAAAGAAAUGUACCAUUAAACAGGAUACCUAUCACUGGACUACAGAUUUCUGGAAACUAUUUAAUUAUUUUAGUAGUACUAAUAAUAAAAGUGAUGAAAACCUGUCUGAUUCUGAUGAAGAAGAAUAUGAUCUAUAUACAAACAGAGAGCUAGAAAAACACCAACACCAACAGCAACCAGAAGAUGAGGGUUAUUAUCAACUUGAUCAUGACACAAAUAGCUGUUAUCAUCAUGAAGAGGAGGAGGCCUUAUUUUCUGAAGGAACACUUCUAGCUCUUCUACCCAUUACGAUCAAUUUGGAUACUGCUAUUGAGCAUUUACACCAAAUAGUCGUAACAAAAUCAAUUUCGAAGGAAGAGUCCUCCCUAUGGUGUCGAUCCAUCUUUCAAAACUGGGAAGGCAUUGGCAAUAGUUUUCUUCAUCCUCAAUUAUUAAAUUCUGCAUGGAUGAAACAGCCUAUUCAUUUUAUUAAUCUUCAACAUUUAUCUCGAUUUUAUCAAUUAGUGAUUCCACAGGAGGAAUCAUCUGUAGAGAGUGAUAAACGGUUAAGAGUGGAUAAACAGAAGAAGAGCUUACGCCAAAUUGAUAUGAUGGAAGCAAUCUCUGAUAGUUUUGAAACUCUACUGGAUCGUAUGAUAUUAAAUGUAGAAUCACUAACGGAAAUAGAUCAUGUAGUUACAGAAGAAAACGAUACUACUGUUCAUAUGAUGUAUGAAUGGUGUCGUUCCUUGAUGGCCGUCAUUGAAUGGAUCCUUUGUUGUAAAGAAAAGAUACAACGAAAAGAACAAGAUGGACUAGCUGCUUUAGUGGCUAACUUGGAUGAUGUAUCAACUUACCAAAUGAGAGUCGUCACAUCAAUCUCUUCAACAAGUCAUACCAUCUUGAUGCAAAAAUUAAUUUUAGUUCUUUGCAAAAUUGCACAUAAAAAAGAUUCUAUAAUUCGAAAAAUUCUACAAAGCAUGAUAUUGUUGGACCCUACACGUAUGAAAUAUAUUGUUCAAGAAUUACAACAAUAUCUUUUAGAUCAUUUCCAUACAGGGCCUUAUAAGCAUGGACUAGAAGAUACAGUCAUUAUGGCUUUAAAGUGUCUUGAACUAAUGUAUCAAGGAAAUAUGAUGACCCCUUCUUCACCUAUCGUGUCACCUUCUAUUUUCUAUAGUGAUGAUAUAUGUAAAAGACUCAACAUCAAAAAUGAAUAUCGUAUUUGGAAACGUGUAUUAACCUAUGGAGAAGGUCAAGGACAUAUACAAAGUAGAUAUCGAGAAACAGAACAACAACGUAAGUCUAGACUCUUCUUCAUCACCACCACCACCACUACCACCGCCGCCACCACAUCCACAUCCAAUUCACCUUAUCCCUUUGAAAAUGAAUAUCAAUUCUCAUGGUUUAGCUACCCUUUCCUAUUACCACCCUCUAUCAAACGUAAAAUUGUUUUAAUGGAUGCCAUGUCACAGAUGUCACUUGAAUAUGAAGAUGCUUGUGUAAAUCAUACCCUUGUUGUCCAUGCUCAAAAGCUUUUAUCCGAAGCUCCCCGCAUGUUGAAAACUUUAGAAACAAAUUUACAAAGCGCUACUUGUCCUUAUCUCUAUCUGGAGAUUCGACGCGAUCAUUUCAUUUCCGAUACCUGGACAGAGGUCUCACGUAAAUGGAGUGAUCUUAAGAAGCCCCUGAAAGUGAAAUUUGUAGAUGGGGGUGAAGAAGGUGUAGACCAAGGAGGUGUUCAAAAGGAAUUCUUUGGUGUUUUAUUUGAGAAACUUGUGUCAGAUGAAUGGGGGCUCUUUCAACAAGAUGAAACCACACGACUCUGUUGGAUCCGGCCCGUUGCUGAAUAUGAUAUUCGUAUGUAUGAGAUGGUAGGUAUCAUGAUGGGUCUCUCGAUCUAUAAUGGUGUUAUCAUGAACUUGCAAUUCCCAAAGGUCUUAUGGAAGGCCGUUGUGAUGCCGAAUGAAGCUCUGAUUGAUAUCAUGGCAGAACGUGGUCAGAUCUUUACUCUAGAGGACCUUGAGGAGGGAUGGCCUGCAUUAGGACAUGGUUUACGACAGCUAUUAGAAUUUGAGGGUGACGUUGAAGAUGUAUUUUGUCGAGAUUAUGAAAUUUCAAUGGAUGUCUUUGGCCAAGGCGUGGUCACGACCUCAUUAAUGAAGAAGGAAGGAGAGGUUGUGUCGGUGACGAACAAGAACCGAGAGGCUUAUGUACAAGAUUAUUGUCGCUAUUUCAUGUAUACUGCACAGCGUGAACCUAUCUUGGCCUUACGUCGUGGUAUGUGGAGUGUGAUUGGCAGUCGAGCACUUCAUCUUUGUACUGCAGAGGAAUUAGAGAUGGUUGCCUGUGGUCUUCGUGAAGGGCCAGAUGCGAUAGAGCUCAAUAUGGCCGAAUUAGAAAGUAUUGCAGAAUAUGAUGAUGGUUAUAAUGUAGAUCAUCCUACUAUUCGACAAUUUUGGUCUGUAGUACAUCAUGAUUUAACAAACGAGCAAAAGAAACAACUUUUAUUAUUUGUUACAGCAAGUGACCGUAUACCUGUAGGUGGAUUAAAAGAAUUAUCAUUUUACAUUCAAAGAAAUGGACCUGAUAGUGAUAGAUUACCUACUGCCCUUACAUGUUUUAGUAGACUUUUAUUACCAGAAUAUUCAACUCGACAAAAGCUUCGAGAUAGAUUAAUUACUGCAAUUGAGAAUACCAAAGGUUUUGGACUUGUAUAA